AUGUUCGGGAACCAGCUACAGCAUGUCAAGAACGAGAAUCAGCGGGCCGUGGAGAAGCAGAUCGAUACGAGUGCAACUCAGUCACACACCGCUAUUGCUAUCCACGAAGAAGCAACGAUUUACGACCCGGACAAAGAUGAUAGGCGCUCUACUAGGGGACUAUUUCGUCUUCGCACAAAUCAAGUUAUCCAAAAACAAUUAAACCAACUUGAGCAGAGCCGUCAGCGUCAACACAAAGAAGAAGGCGAUGCACAGACCGUUGAUGAACCCGAUGAGCUACCGGGGAUCGAUCCGGUGAGUAUUCCUGCUAGCAGCGAGGCGAAUAUACCAGAAGUGAAGGCGACAAACGUGGCCCAACAACCACCACCACCGACUGAACCCCCGGCUGUGCCACUGCUUCGCCGGAAGAUAGCACGCCAUCGGCAUCAGCCGCAAUCUCCACCUUUACAUCAGCGCAACACGACUGACUGA